AUGACUCCCGGUAAGCCGAAGGUUAUGGUAAAGAAAGAGCGUGAUGAGCGGAGUAGGCUUGAUGUUGUCAUCGUCGGUGCUGGGCUUGGUGGUCUCGGAGCAGCGAUAUCGAUCUUACUAGCUGGGCACAACGUACACAUCCUCGAGUCGACGUCGGAAAUUGGUGAAAUCGGCGCUGGAAUCCAAUGCUUACCGAAUGCGUCACGCAUCCUGAUAUCCUGGGGUCUCGAAGAGUAUCUUGAGAAGUAUGCGACGACACCGCGGUUCGGCAAUAUGCUUGGGUGGAAGGGAAAUAAGAUAAGCGACAUGGAUUUUCACGAGUAUGAAGGAGAAUGCGGGACGCCGUUUUGGGAUUUUCACAGGGCGGACUUGCAUAGGGGACUGUUGGAACGAGCAGUCGAGUUGGGUGCAAAGUUGACUACAAGAGCUCGGGUCGUGGAUAUCGAGUACGAAGCCGAUCAAGGGAACCAGACUACCCGAGCCAUCGCCAUAUGUCACGACGGCACGCGACACGCAGCCGAUCUCGUAGUCGGGGCCGACGGCAUCAACUCCAAAUGUCGCGAGAUACUCCUCGGCCACAAAGACCCCCCGCUUCUCACCGGCGACCUCGCAUACCGCCUCCUCCUCUCCACCAGCGACAUGCUCAAAGACCCGGAUCUCGCACCUUUUGUCCUUGACCCCCAGGUAAACUACUGGAUCGGGCCCGACGCCCACGCAGUAAACUACGUCCUCCGCGGCGGUAAGCUCUUCAACAUGGUCCUCCUCGUCCCAGACGACAUGCCCGCCGGCGCCAACACGCUCGCGGGAAACGUAGAGGAAAUGCGGGCCCUCUAUAAAGACUGGGACCCCCGCAUCCGCAAGUUACUCGCGCUAUGCACGUCCGUAGCUAAAUGGCGGUUGAUGAUCCGCCCGGGGCUUGAUCCUACUUGGUCUCAUACCCGGUCCGCUGCUUUUACGAUUCUAGGGGAUGCCGCGCAUGCGACGCUGCCGUAUCUCGCGUCUGGAGCGGGUAUGUCGCUGGAAGAUGCGCAUGUGCUUGGGUUAUGUCUCUCACGGCUGACUGGUAAGUCCCGUGCUGAUAAGGCGAGAGCACUGGCGGUGUACGAGCGGUGUAGGCGCGAACGCACUGAACGUGUUGUUUCGAGAGGGAAUCGCCAGCAGUAUCUUUAUCACGUGCAUGAUGGCGAGGCCCAGGUGCGGCGAGAUGAGUUGUUGAAGGCUUUUGGGGGUUUCAAUGGCAGGGGCAGGGUGAGGAAGGAGGAGUUUGAAGAGGCCGGGUUGAGGAUUGGGGAGGAUCCGCUUGCGUGGCGGUGGGGGGGUGUGGGGAGUUGGCUUUUGACAUAUGGGUGUGAGGAGGAUGUUGAGAGGAGGUGGAAGGAGGUGGAAGGGGAGAGUAGGGGAAGUUUGGAGGGGGAUAGUGUUAGGGCAGUUUUGUAG